AUGUCGCUCACGGAUCGUCCACGCGUAAAGUCCCUUGCUUCUGCUACAGCAUUUGGCGAGCGGAUCCUGGCUGGGGGCUUCUCUGGAAGGCUUGUGGUUGAACUUCGAUCCGAAGUUUUUGAUCCGAUCACCAGACUGGAUGACGGUGGAUCUGGGCAUAAAAGUCUGCUUCGCAAUGAAACUGGGCACGUUGCAAUGGCCGCUCCAGAGAAGCAGAAACUCGGGUCUUCCCUGUAUCACAGUCUCAAUGGGAUUUCCGGCCCUCAUCGACGCGAGAUUGACAGGUCAACCACAAUCGCUGCAUGGCGCAGUGGUUACAUGGGUGGGGAGCCGAUGGGUACACAAAGCCACCCGGUACCCCAGUCAAACGGUGGGCGUUGA